AUGAUUUUACGCGUAUUUCGAAUUUUUAUUAUAGCAAUCAUUUUUCUUACUCUCCCUUCUUGCAUUCAUUCUCAAUCUUCACGAAAUUUAUCAGUAGCAUUACUUCUUCCACAUCAAAUUCAUCUAAAAUCAACUUCUUUAACUUCUAAUUCUGCAUUAGCAUACAAAUUUUAUUUUACUACAAAUCAUGUUCCAUUUUUUAUGAUUAAUGCAUUUAAAUCUCAAAAUGACACAAAAGCUGCAUUUGAUUUCACAGUAGCUAUUCUAGGAUUGGUUGAAUAUAAUGAUACCAUAGGAAUUAAGGAUAGUAAAAGUUUAUAUAGUUUUAUUGGAAAAGAUCAAUUGUGGAGUAAUAUUAAAAAAACUGAGGAAACUAAUGGAUUAAAAGGAAUUGAAACUACUUUAAUCGCUCAUGAUCUUCCAGGAAGUAUUGAUGUUUUUAAUGCUACAAUUUCUGCUUAUGCUACUGGAAAUACGACAACAAUAAAUAAAAAUGGAAUUACACUAAAACCAUCUCAGAUAAAAUAUUCUUUUGAAUUUAAUAACUUUCCAUAUAUUUAUCAAAAUUCUAAAAUUUCUAUAAUCAAAAUGAUAUUCUCUGAAUCUGUAUUUACUUAUAAUAAUUCAACUGCUUACGCAUCUGAUUAUGGAAAAUUCGAAUGGGAUCCAACAAUUUUAGCUGAUUCAAAGAAAGUUGAUAUUCAACUUGAUCAAAAAAUCAUAUUUCAAAAAAAUCACACUUUUGAAAAUAUAACUGCAGAUAAUUCAUCAUCGGUUCAAGCUUAUUCGACUUUAAAAGAGAUAGCAUUUAAGGUUCAAGCUAUACAACCUAAAAAUGUUUUAUGGGAUCCACAAUUUGAUAUUAAUGAUCCUAACGACAAUUCUGUUAAUAAAGGUAAUACAAACGACGCUUCAAGAUUAAUUGGAUUAUUUGGUGUUGAUUAUGUUAUUAGAAAAGUGGGUUUGGUUUUAACUAUUAUUGUAACAAGUGGUUUCUUGUUUAUCUGA